UGGGUUUUAGAAGGAACUUAUUUAUCAAAAAUCACUGACUUUGCUGCUAAAAAAUGGGAUCAACUUUAUCACGCUGAAAAGACCAGUUGGAAGGGAAAAUUGUAUAUUACGGGCCAACAACUCUUAGAUAGAAUUGACCAUCAAGAAUAUUUUUUAAAAAGUAUACCGUUAAAAGAAGAGGUGGAAAAAAAUUUUUCGUCAAAAGAGAAUAUGAAUGUGAAAAAUAAUUUACAAAUGAAUGAAAAAGGGGGAAAAUGUGCUACUGAAGAGGAAAAAAAUAAUGAUCGACUAAUACCUACCGAUUCUAAUGUAUUAGAUCAAAUUUAUGAUGGUAUAGAUUUAAAUAAUUAUGAUAUUCUUGACGAAAAUCGGAUUCAUCAAAUAGCCCAUGAAUUUAAUGUUUUAACAAUGGAUACUGAUGUAAAAAGAGCCAGACAUCAAAUAUUGGAAAAAAUAGAGUCUGAGUCUCAAGGAAA